GUGUCGGUGCAGGCUGGCGACGAGAAACCACCUCUAGAGGACUCUUAAAUCAGCUGGCCAUCUAUCGCUCAGGGUUGGGUCAAGCCGAGAUGCAGGAUGUGGAGUUGUGUCAGCUUCAUCGAUCCGAAAUGGACAGCGAGGAUCCAACUGUUUGUCUAAGGUUUGAGCCAAUUACUAACGAUGUCUACCUCGUUGCUUUGAUUGUUGUGGUGAGCCUCUUGGUCGUUGCAGCCUUUAUGAGCGGCGUUGCUUUCGUGGUGUCUACUGCCAAUGCAAAAAGGAGGCUUCUCAAGGAAAAAGAAGAUGCUUUAGAAAACACCGUGACCAAAGGUCUCGCUACCAUCCGUCAGCUCGGGUAUCCCAUGGCCCUGAUUGGAGCAAAGGACUUCAUGAAUCUCAACUCUGAGGAGCUGCAGCGCUGCCACGAAGGUCUUCGGGAUAUCGGUUUGCUGCGUGUGCUGGAUACCACCGAGGAGAUCAGCUACUUUCACAACAUGGAGAAUGUCAUUGUGUUUUUCAGCUACCACUGGCCUUCAUGGAAUCGUUUGGGGCCUGAUGAUGUACAGCGCCAUGCGAUGGUUCACUCCUUGCACUUGUUCGCCGAGAAGAACGGCGUCGAUCUGGAACACGUUUGGGUGUGGCUUGACAUCAUCUCCAUCCCCCAGAAGCACCGUGGAAUUCAGCUCUUGGCCAUCAACUCACUGUACGUUUAUGCCUACUCUGUGGAUGCCUUGAUCAUCAUCGCUCCUGAAACAGUCCACCAGCAGACUGGACAGGAAUUAGGAAUAGACAGCUACAAGAAUCGAGUAUGGACACGCGUCGAGCAAGUCGCGCACCUUUCCGCCCAUGGUAUCGAUUCACUAUACUAUUACACGCCUACUGGCCUUGAAGUGGUGGAUAAGAAAUGGCUUAUGGAUGUGAUUCA